UGCGGAGCGAGGAGCGGCAGCGCUGCCGCAGCCGGAGCGCCCCGGGCCGCCCUCUCCCCGCGCCCGCCCGCCCGCGCCCGCCCUGACGCGUCGCGGCCGCCGCCGCUGUGGGGAGCGCGGAUCGCAGGGGCCCGCGGGGCGGUGCGGCGGCAGCAGCAGCAGCCGGUGAGGAGGAGGAGGAGGAGGGGGAGAGCGGGAUGGAGGAGAAGGUCUUCACCAAGGAGCUCGACCAGUGGGUGGAGCAGCUAAACGAGUGCAAGCAGCUGUCCGAGGGGCAGGUGAAGAGCCUCUGCGAGAAGGCUAAAGAAAUUUUGACAAAAGAAUCCAACGUACAAGAAGUGCGAUGUCCGGUCACAGUGUGUGGAGAUGUCCAUGGACAAUUUCACGACCUCAUGGAACUUUUCAGAAUUGGAGGCAAAUCACCAGACACAAACUAUUUGUUUAUGGGGGACUAUGUUGACAGAGGAUAUUAUUCAGUUGAAACAGUCACAUUGCUUGUAGCUCUUAAGGUCCGUUACCGUGAACGUAUCACAAUUCUUCGAGGGAAUCAUGAAAGCAGGCAAAUCACACAAGUUUAUGGUUUCUAUGAUGAAUGUUUAAGGAAAUAUGGAAAUGCAAAUGUUUGGAAAUACUUUACAGACCUUUUUGACUACCUGCCUCUAACUGCCUUGGUGGAUGGCCAGAUUUUUUGUCUACAUGGUGGCCUCUCUCCAUCUAUAGAUACACUGGAUCACAUCAGAGCACUUGAUCGCUUGCAGGAAGUUCCCCAUGAGGGUCCAAUGUGUGACUUGCUAUGGUCAGAUCCAGACGAUCGCGGCGGCUGGGGAAUUUCUCCUCGAGGUGCAGGUUACACAUUUGGACAGGAUAUUUCAGAAACCUUUAACCAUGCUAAUGGCCUUACGUUGGUUUCAAGAGCUCAUCAGUUGGUAAUGGAGGGGUACAACUGGUGUCAUGAUCGGAAUGUAGUAACAAUUUUCAGUGCUCCAAACUAUUGUUACCGUUGUGGCAACCAGGCUGCAAUCAUGGAACUUGAUGAUACUCUAAAAUACUCCUUUUUGCAGUUUGACCCGGCACCGCGCAGAGGUGAACCGCAUGUUACUCGUCGCACCCCAGACUACUUCCUGUAAAGAGAUUUUAGACCUGUACAGUAUUGCCAUGAACCAUAUGUUGACCUAAAGAAAAUGGGAAGAGCAACAGUAACUCCAAAAUGUCAGAAAAUAUUUAACAUUCAAACUUUGUUUUCACAUGGACCAAAAGACGUGCCAUAUUCAAUACAAAGCCUCUUGUCAUCAACAACUGUGACCACUUUAGAAUGAACCAGUUCAUUGCAUGCUGAAGCAACAUUGUUGGUCAAGAAACCAGUUUCUGGCAUAGCGCUAUUUGUAGUUACUUUUGCUUUCUCUGAGAGACUGCAAAUAAUAAGAUGUAGACAUUAACACCUCGUGAAUACAUUUAACUUUCCAUUUAGCUAUAGCUUUAUUCAGCAUGACUGUAGAUAAGGGUAGCAGCAAACAAUCAUUGAAGCUUAAAGAACAUUUUUAAAAUAAGUACCAAGGCCUCAUAUUUGUUCUGAAACUGUUUGUUUGUUUUAUUUUCAGGGAAUACUGUUUAAUUUAAUUGUAUUGAUUUUUUUUUUGUCUGCACUCAGUUCCCUUAUCCACUCAGCCCUACCAUAUUGUCCCUUGUAAUUGUCCAAGGAUAGUGAAUUACUUUGAACAGAACUGUUUUUUUUCUGUAAAACAAUGUUACUGCAGGACAAAGCUGCAGUGUUUUUCAUAAUAAACUUGUGAACUAAGUAUGGAAAAA